GACCCAACUCUCAUUUUCACUUCAUCGAACAAACGACGACAUAGAUUCAGAAUCAGCUUUCCAGGCCCAGAUUACUUAUACUCUUUCCAUCCCAACCCCGCGAUGCUCGCCGGAGCCGACUUUCCCCAACCUCCAUGACUCGGCCACCGCCACCGCCAUAGAUGAAGACCUCAACUUCUGACUUUCAUGGUCUCCCCCUGCAAUGCCCUCUUCCCCUUCUCCAGCUCCCGAUCCAAUCACCCACUUUCGCAGCAAACACAACCACAACAACAUCAUUAACAACAAUAACAAGCAUCGACAACGCAAUCCCACCACCACCACCACCACCAAGAAUCGGAAUCUUCCCUGCCUCGCCCAAUCCCUCCUCCAUCUCGCCUCCCAAGGAAACCUCUCGCAAGCAAUCUCUUCUCUUGAUGUCCUCGUCCAGAAAGGAAUUCGCUUGCCCACUAAAGCUCUCGCUCUGCUCUUGCAACACUGCGGAGAUAGAAGGUCCCUUAGGGAGGGCAAAUGGGUUCAUCUUCAUUUGAAGCUUACUGGUCUCAAGCGCCCAGGAGUGUUUUUGGCAAACCAUUUGAUCGCUAUGUACUUUAAAUGCGGUGACGAUGUUGAGGCACGCAAGGUGUUUGAUAAAAUGUCUGUUAGAAAUUUGUACUCUUGGAACAACAUGCUUUCUGGGUACGCUAGAUUGAGGAAGUUGGAGGCUGCGCGGAGGUUGUUUGAUGAAAUGCCUGAGAAGGACUUUGUGUCGUGGAACACUAUGGUCGUUGCGUAUGCUCAGAAUGGUUUUUCUGACGAGGCUUUGGGGUUUUAUAGAGAGUUGCGGAGACUCGGGAUUGGGUAUAAUGAGUUUAGCUUUGCAGGUGUUUUGACUGUGUGUGUUAAGUUGAAGGAGUUGGAGCUUACUAGGCAGGUCCAUGGGCAGGUUUUCGUUGCCGGGUUUUCGUCCAAUAUGGUGCUUUCAAGCUCGGUUGUUGAUGGUUAUGCGAAGUGUGGAGAGAUGGGAGAUGCAAGAAGAUUCUUUGACUCCAUGACAGUAAGGGAUGUUCCGGCAUGGACCACUAUGGUUUCUGGAUAUGCCAAGUGGGGAGAUAUGAGAUCGGCUUGCGGGUUGUUUGAUCAGAUGCCUGAAAAAAACCCUGUCUCCUGGACGGCUUUGAUUGCGGGCUAUGCUAGAAAUGGUAUGGGGUAUGAAGCACUAACAUUGUUCAGGAAAAUGAUGAUGUUUCAGAUUAGACCUGAUCAGUUUACCUUCAGUAGUUGCCUUUGUGCUUGUGCUAGUAUAGCUUCACUUAAACAUGGAAAUCAAAUACAUGGCUUUUUGAUACGAUCUAAUUUCAGACCCAACACAAUAGUUAUAGGCUCUCUCAUUGACAUGUAUACAAAAUGUGGGAGUUUGGAAAGUGCUUGCCGGGUCUUUAAUCUAUUGUCUUGUAAACAUGAUGUUAUAUUAUGGAAUACAAUGAUAUCUGCCCUGGCACAGCAUGGUCUUGGAAAAGAGGCAAUUCGGAUGUUUGAAGACAUGGUUAGAACAGGACUGAAACCUGAUAGGAUCACCUUUGUUGUCCUUCUAAAUGCUUGUAGUCAUUCAGGUCUAGUACAGGAAGGGCUUAGGAUCUUCAAAUCCAUGGCAACAGAUCAUGUUAUUGUUCCCGAUCAAGAACAUUAUGCAUGCUUAAUUGAUCUCCUGGGCCGCGCCAGAUGUUUUAAUGAACUGAUGAACGAGAUUGAGAAGAUGCCGAGUAAGCCAGGUUAUCAAGUUUGGAAUGCCUUACUUGGUGUUUGCAGAAUUCAGGGGAACUUAGAGCUGGGAAGCAAAGCUGCUGAACACCUUAUUGAGUUAAACCCUCAAUCUCCCGAUGCGUACGUAUUUCUUUCUAGUAUAUAUGCGGUGCUUGGGAGAUGGGAAUUGGUGCGAAAGGUAAGACAACUUAUGAACAGAAGGCAUGUGAAAAAAGAGCGCGCUGUUAGUUGGAUAGAAAUUGAUAAUAAAGUGUACACAUUUAUGGCAUCCGAUAAAUUGCAUCCAAUGAAAGAAGUAAUAUACUCAGUUUUGGAAGAGUUAGCUGGACAGAUGGAAGUUGAUGUUUCAUUUCUUAACACUGAGGUAAAUUUUUGACAAAUAUUUCUUUUGUGGAUUGUUUGUUAUCCGAGGAGAAUA